AGUCAGUGACGUAUCCCUAAUUACCCUUAUUGGCUCUGGUAAGCGGCAGAUACCGUCGGCUAGGAUAAGCCAUGAGAAAUCACGUUGUAAACUGAAAAUCUGCCUUGUGCAAUAGUGAUGUUAGUACUACAUGGAUCACUCCUACAGGAUAAUUACCAAAUUCCUUAGCCAAGGAGUCGAGGAUCUGAACCAUCUAGCCUCCCGGAUCGUUCUCCAGCCUCAUCUGCGAACACCCACCCAGGCUCACAAUCACUACUGUGUACCCUGGAGAUUGCUCCAGUUCUUCAGAAGACUAUGAACAGGUCAGAGAACUUGCUCGUCACUGGCUCCUCACUAGCAUCUCAAGUUCAUGCUGCUGCCGUUAAUGGAGAUAAGAGUGUACUUCACAGGCUCAUCCUGGGAAACUCUGCUCUUAAAGACAAAGAAGAUCAAUUUGGGAGGACACCUCUUAUGUAUUGUGUGUUGGCUGACAGAUUGGAUUGUGCAGAUGCUCUCCUGAAGGCAGGAGCAGAUGUUAAUAAAACUGAUCAUAGCCGGAGAACAGCUCUACAUCUUGCAGCUCAAAAGGGAAAUUAUCGUUUCAUGAAACUCUUACUCACACGCAGAGCAAACUGGAUGCAAAAGGACUUGGAAGAGAUGAUUCCUUUGCACUUAACCACCCGGCACAAGAACCCUAAGUGUUUGGCGCUUCUGCUCAAGUUUAUGGCACCAGGAGAAGUGGAUACACAGGACAAAAACAAGCAAACAGCUCUGCACUGGAGCGCCUACUACAAUAACCCUGAGCAUGUGAAACUGCUCAUUAAGCAUGAUUCCAACAUCGGGAUUCCCGACGUUGAAGGCAAGAUUCCACUUCACUGGGCAGCCAACCAUAAAGAUCCGAGUGCCGUUCAUACAGUGAGAUGCAUUUUGGAUGCUGCUCCAACAGAGUCUUUACUCAACUGGCAAGACUACGAGGGUCGAACACCUCUUCACUUUGCCGUCGCUGAUGGAAAUGUGACAGUGGUCGAUGUCUUGACCUCCUACGAAAGCUGCAAUAUAACAUCUUACGAUAACUUAUUUCGAACCCCGCUUCACUGGGCAGCUUUAUUAGGUCAUGCACAAAUUGUCCAUCUCCUUUUAGAAAGAAACAAAUCUGGAACCAUCCCAUCUGACAGCCAAGGGGCAACACCCUUGCACUACGCAGCACAGAGUAAUUUUGCUGAAACAGUUAAAGUGUUUUUAAAACAUCCUUCAGUGAGAGAUGAUUCAGACCUUGAAGGAAGAACAUCCUUCAUGUGGGCUGCUGGGAAAGGCAGUGAUGACGUCCUUGUGACGAUGCUGAGUCUAAACUCUGACACUGACAUUAACAUGGCAGACAAAUAUGGAGGUACAGCUUUACAUGCUGCUGCCCUUUCUGGCCAUGUCAGCACCGUGGAAUUAUUAUUGGAAAAUAAUGCUCAAGUAGAUGCUACUGAUGUGAUGAAACAUACUCCACUUUUCCGAGCCUGUGAGAUGGGACACAAAGAUGUAAUUCAGACACUUAUUAAAGGUGGAGCACGGGUAGAUCUAGUUGAUCAAGAUGGACAUUCUCUUCUUCACUGGGCAGCGCUAGGAGGAAAUGCUGAUGUUUGCCAGAUAUUGAUAGAAAAUAAGAUCAAUCCAAAUGUGCAGGAUUAUGCAGGAAGAACCCCUUUGCAGUGUGCAGCGUAUGGAGGAUAUAUCAACUGCAUGGCUGUGCUCAUGGAAAAUAAUGCAGACCCCAAUAUUCAAGACAAAGAGGGAAGAACAGCUUUGCACUGGUCCUGUAACAAUGGAUACCUUGAUGCUAUUAAAUUACUACUAGACUUUGCUGCUUUCCCUAAUCAGAUGGAAAACAAUGAAGAGAGGUACACGCCCCUGGAUUACGCCCUGCUGGGCGAGCGGCACGAGGUCAUCCAGUUCCUGCUGGAGCGCGGGGCCCUGUCCAUCGCCGCCAUCCAGGACAUCGCCGCCUCCAAGAUCCAGGCCGUCUACAAGGGGUACAAGGUCCGGAAGGCUUUCCGCGACCGGAAGAACCUCCUCAUGAAGCACGAGCAGCUGAGGAAAGAUGCCGCCGCCAAGAAGCGGGAGGAAGAAAGCAAGCGAAAAGAGGCGAAACAGCAGAAGGGAAGGCUGAGCCCUGGUUCCUGCAGGCCCCAGGCCCCUCCCUGCCUGCCCGGGCAACGGCCCCCCAUCAGCAGCAGCACCCCAGGCCCAGAGUGCAGAGAGGGCAGAGGGUCUCCAGGCAGGACCCCCCAGGAGGAGCAGCACACUUCCUCAGACUUGAAGAGAACGGACCCCAGAAAGCCAAUGGAAACAUCCAGAGAGCACUGUAAAGGCCGAUCUGCCAGUGUCCACUUCAGCCGCAGGGAGGGCAGCGAUGGCAGCAGGACCCCGGGACCCUCCUCGGCUGAGCAGCCCAGAGGUGAGGCAGCCGGCGAGCAGCCGCAUGGAAAGGGGAAGGGCUCCCUGAAGCAGCCCCCCGGUGUCAGAGAGGCCGGGCCCGACGAGGAGGUGAGCCCCAGCAGAGCGGCUGCAGGCCUGCCACAGCAGGAUGGCCCCUGGAGGCCCAGCAGGCGGCAGGACACCAUGCCCAGGGCCAAAGGUGCCCCUCAGAAAAGGCGUGUUCAUGAGCUCAAAGGAGGAAGGUGCUCUCCCGCUGGUUCCAGCCGGCCUGGCAGUGCCAAGGGGGAGGUGGUCCAUGCUGGGCAGACCCCUCUCCACCAUCGGGCACCAAGAAGCAAAGUGCCGCAGGACAAACUCGCAGGAGGGGUCCCCUCAGAUCUGCCCUCGAGUGCGGAGGUGGUGCGGGCAGGACCCAGGAAGUCGGGGACACCUGCCCUGGGCAAGGACGCUCAGCUCUCUCCAGAGACUGCUCCGCUGGCUGGCCCCACCUCGGGGCAGAGUGUGAACAUUGACGUCCUCCCUGUAGAGCUCCGACUUCAGAUAAUCCAGAGGGAACGAAGCAGGAAGGAGCUGUUUCGCAGAAAGCACAAGGCAGCUACCACCAUCCAGCGCGCCUGGAGAAGCUACCUGCUCAGGAAGCACCUGUCCCACCUCCUGUGUGUGAAGCAGCUGGGAGCCGGAGACGUGGACCGAUGGAACCACGAGUGCGCGGUGCUGCUGCUCCAGGUUUGGAGGAAGGAACGGGAACUAGAGCCUCUGAAGCCCUCCAGAGAGCGCAGAUCAGCCAAAAGUCCACCCAAGGGCAGCUCAGGCGCAAAGUCCACCAAGCACUUGGUGCUCAAGCAAAUCUACGGUUGCUCUCAAGAAGGGAAAGUACCUCAUCCCACAAGACCUUCAAAAGCCCCUUCUGUGCUGCGUCUCAAUUCAGUGAGCAACUUGCAGUGUAUACAUCUACUUGAGAACAGUGGAAGAUCAAAGAACUUUUCUUAUAACCUGCAAUCAGCUAUUCAAUCAAAAAACAAAACCAAGCUUUGACUGCCUAUGGAGGAAGAUUGGGUUCAGGGGAGCUGGAAUAGCUAGUGCAGAGUUCGAAUUCUCUGCUGAUUAUCUUUCACAUCUUGGGAAAACUUUAUCCGUACCUGAAAACUUAGCCUGAAAGAGUGCUAACAGUGGAAGGAAAAUGUCAUUAUCCAGCACUGCCUGGUAACUCAUCUUCACCUGCACUGAAGGAGCCAGCUUACUGCACAUGCAAAACUGCCCAGCUGCCUGCCUUGUCCUCAGUCAGUGCAGCUGGGAAAAGGAUAACUAACUUUUAAGGUCUGAGAAAACAGGGCUGCCCUGUUAGGAUUUCUGCCAGAUCAGUGACACAGGCCUAGUUUCUUGCCUCAAGUGAUGAACCUAAAAGAGACAGAGACAAGUCUGUCCCACAGCAGCCUUCUCCAUCUCACUACUGUUUCUGGAAUUGAAUGCAACAAACUUCAUCACAGACACUGCAUCCUCCCUGCUACUUUAACAUGAUUGGUUUUAAAUUUUAAACCAGAAUCGUGACCUAGUGUUUACCUUUAGAAAUUGUUUGUAAACCCAUGCAUACAUUCACUGAUUCCUGAUAUUCCACAGUUGCCGCACUGGCUGCCAAUGGCUACCAGCUGCUGCCCCCUCCUCUGUGAAGGGCUUUCUUGCUGAGCACCAGCAGCAGGAUCAGAGCGUCGAGGAAUCAGUCAGGGAGCUUACAGACCAUACGGUUCGUGCAGCACAUACCAAGAUGGGCCUCAACACUGUGCCUGUAUUUUCUGCCAUCCUUAAUGGCAGGAGAGCAGUGCUGACCAUGCACAUUCUAGCUCUCUAAGAAUGCCUGAUUUAAAUAAAAGCCAGAGACUGGCCACCCAGGCCUUGUCAGAUUUUAAGGGUAUGGCCACUGUGGGGGCAGACAGGAGGCACCAGUGGGACUAAUAGGAUCACAAGUGUUUUUAGAGCUGUUCUAUUUUCAUAAGAUCAGUCCCACCCUCGGGCUGACCAGAAAUGACAGGAAGCAAUAAAGUGUUUACCUUGACUUUUUACAGUUUGCUACUUAAAUUGUUACAUUCAUUCUUUUCAUAAUUAUAAAGUCUCAAAUCACUAUAUACACCAAGUAAUUUUUUAAACCUAAAAUGGGUCAUAAGUAGGAAGUGAUUUUGGAAGUAUACGGGUCUAGAUUAGAUCAUGUACCAUUUAGAUAUAGGAAAAUCCAAACCAAAUUGCAGCCCUGUCUUGAAAUCUUGCUCCUUCAUGGAAGACCAGAAAACCUCUGUAAAUAACAGAACUCCACAGUGAGAACAGAAAGGGUAAGGGCAACCACUCUAAAAAAAAAAAAAAAAUGGUUUCUGUUGCUAUCUGAAUAAACUGGAGUUAAAGCACAAAGAAUAAGGUUUGCCUAGGUGGUAUCACAAAAAUUUAGCUGAUUUCUUCGUAAAUAGACAGUACCACAUUAUCACCCUGUCUUGUAAAUAUUUUAACGCCUAGGAAAUGCAAAAUUCCGUUCAAAGGAAGGUUCACGAACAACUUCUUUAAAAGUUCAGCUUUAAUGACAAACUUCAUUAGAUCAAAAUUAGAUAGCUGUGAAUAAACAAACCCAGACAGGAGGAGCCACGUGCCUCUUCAAUACAUGGCACUCAGUGCGCCAGGCCCCGGGGGGUGCCCGGAGAGGCAGACGGUGAAGCAGCAGUGCAGGUCCGUGAGCCACGGCUCCUCCGCGCCUCCGCUCUUCAGCGUCUGAAGGAAAAACAAGAGUCAUCUGAGAACUGUGGCAAUGCAGCCAUGCUACCUGACAGUAUUUUUCAUUCCCAAACAUUUCACAGAGCCAUUGGAAUACUAUCUCCACCCACAAAUCAUCAAAAGGAGUCAUCUUGGACAAAGGAAGCUAUUAACCGGGCAUCACCACAGGCAGUGCAAGUUCCACGUUGUAUCCUCAAGUUCAAGUACCAUCAGCAUCUUGCAUCUGUUCCCUCCUCCAUGCACUAGUGAGACUCUUCACCUUUACCCUCCCCAGACCCUUCAGCUCUCCAGAGUCUCAAAAUUACUGUGACGCUCGAGGUGCACUGCUGUAUCAACGAGAAGAAUUCUACAGGGCUGACUGACAAUUCCUGUCAAUCUCUUCCUUACCACUGACUCUCUAAUCUGGGAAUAAUCCAAGUUCUUGACUUUUCUUCCUGUCUAUAAUUUCUGAAUGAUUCUACUGCCUUUUCCAUUUCUUCUACAAAGAUUACUGAGAAAAUUCAGAACACUUGUGUUAUGUGCAUAUAAAAGCUCUAUUACUCCAAAGUACUGCUACAUACCUUAAUCAGUAAACCUCCAAUCAGGCACCCCUAUGAAAAAGCCCCACUUUAGCCCACGCCACACCAAGAGCUAACUGUUAGGCAAAUUCAAAGCCUGCGGCUUCCUUCUUCAUCUUACUCUCCAAUAAACUAAGUGAUAAGAAUAGAAAUUGACCUGAAGUUUAUUCCUGCUAAAUAAUUUCCUUAAUGAUAGCUAACAUUUAUAGAGCACUUAAUAAAUGCCAGGUACACUAAACAUUCUACUUGGUAACAUUUCAUGUUCACCAAAGUGCAGUGAAGUUGGCAUUAUUCCCAUUUUUACAGGUAAGAAAACAAGCUUUAGAUACAUAGAAUAACUUGGCAAGUGACUGCAGUUCAUCAGAGUGUAUAUUAGAAUCCAGGUAGGAGUGACUCUGACACCUGUAUCUUUUCCAACUAACUGAGCUGCCUGCCAUCCUAAUUCAGUAUUUGUUAUUUUAAGGGUUUUAUUACUAAUUCCGGAAUCAAACACAUCACCCUAUUAAGUAACAGGAUAGCAGGGAGGCCCUGAGUAGUCAGAACACAGAGAACCAGCCGAUGCACAGGAAUGCUCCCCUUCCUCCACAGCCCCCCACCCCUGGUUCCAUGCUCCUUACUGUGAUGUUCUUGAUGAUCUGCUGCACCAGGAUCGCGUUGGUCAGCAUGUGAGCGCGGAGCGGUGCGUGCUGGAGCAGCAGGCGAAGCAGCUGGCCCACGACAGGCAGCUCCUCAGGCCCCACUCUGUUCACCCGCAGACUCUGCAGCAUCAAACGGAGGACUCGUGGCAGGAGAGCCAGGAUGGAGACACAGACCCCCCACAGCUUGUCCCUACAACAGCAGAGGAAGAAAUGAAUCAAGAAGCCAGGCACACACAGGAUAAGUGCUCUUUGCUCCCACUUCCCCAAACUGAAAAUGUUCCUUUAAGAAACACGGUGUUUUUCACCAGAACUAAAUAGGAAAAUCCACUGAAGAAGUAGCUACUUUCCCCUAUUCUAUGGCUUCCAGGAAGCUGAGCAACUAGCACUUUCCUGGACUUAUUAACAAGACACACUUGAAGCCAUAGUGAUCAUCCAUUAACACAGAAUUAGCCGGAGAACAGGAGCUACACAUGCACAACCCCUGCUAUCCAUUGUUGGGCAUUACUUAAAUACUGCCUGUUAUGUAACACCAAAUUUGUCAAUCAACAGGGUAAGAUCAUCUCACCGAAAGAAAAUGGGAAGAAAAGGAGUCAUGAAACUCUAAACCUAUGAACUUGAUUCUGAGCUUCUUCAAUGUCUCAGAACAGAUUUACAGAAAGAUGUACUCACCAAGAGCCAAAAUGGAUUUCUGAAAGUAUCCAAAAAGGGGACUAGUUGCUACCCUAUACUGGGUCACAGAAGGCCAGAAAUGGCAAAUAUUUCACUAAGCAUCCUUCUCCUGAUGCAGCAAGCACAAAAAUGUUUAUGGUAGCAAUAAGUGGACUUAUGGCUGGCCUAACCACAUUCUCGAAGAGUGUCAAUUAAAUGAGGCAGUGUCCAUCUGCAGGGUAAGUACACUGGUAAUGGAAGACUCUGAAAGGUUUCUGUCCUUGGAGUGCAUAAGCCUCUAGUCCCCAGAUCUUUGUAAGACAGCCUGGCUCUUCCAGACCUAGAGGGAGCAGGUCCUUCACCAAGUGAUGCCCACAACCAACUCCACAUAAAGCAAUUGCACCAAAGGUGGAUACUGAAUCCACUCCAAGCAAACUGGAUUCUCUUAUUUGAACAAACUUCAUUCAGUCUGUUGGUGGAUGCAGGGCCAGGCUGGGAUAGCCAUGUGCAAGGAAAGGAGAGAAAACCAGAUUGCAGACGCAGGCACAGAUGGUGAGGCAAAGGCCCAGAGAUCAAACUACACAAUCCAGGCUUCCUAACACCAAGUCCCAAUUCCUAAUGAAGCCCAAACACACUUCCAGAAUGUAUUCAUUUUCUACUUCAAGUCAAGAAGAUUUCAAAGAAUCCUUGACCAAAACUCUACUAAAAGAGCUAAUGGAAUCUACAUCAUACCCAAUAUAAAUAGAGUGAAUAGCUGGGUAAAGAGUCAAUUCCCACUUUUCAGACACCACAAUUUUAAAAAGCUGUCAAGCCAAAGAGAAAGAGAGGAGACCAUGGUGUGGAGGAAAAGGAAGCACUCAUGAGGAGUGACAGCCACUCCUAGAGCCCUCUAAGUUGCCAUGUACAAGAACUUUACUUAUUGUAAAAAGUGCUUAAAGGACAAAACUGGAGCCAAUGAAGUUUGGAUAUGAGCGCAACAUAAAGCAAUGAUUCUAAACCUCACCAGAGGCAUGUACCAUUCUGAAAAAAAAAAAAGACUUGUAGCUGGCCCAACCUCACUAUUUUCUAUUCAAUCUUCAGGAGUUCAGAUUCUCUGCAAACUUCAGAUACCUUUUGGCAGAGAAUACCAGCCUCCCUUUCUACUCCAAACACAAAGAAAUGCAUUUAUACAUUUUAAAAAGUAUUUUUAAAAUAUAUUUUAAAAAUUGAAAAUACAUUAUUUUUAUAAUAAAUAAAAUUUUGUAUGUUUGUAAGUUAAAAAAAUUUUUAAAUAUAUUUUAAAAAUACAUACUCACACGGCCAAGCUCAACAACCACAAUGGGUAAAACCUCUGGGUGCCAGAAACUCUGAGGACUAACCUAAAAAUAGUCAGCAGGGGUACAGAACUGGAUAUGGGCUUUUAGAGCUGGGAUUUUCGGUAGAAGUUGAGGCUUGAGACUGUGUGUGGGAGGCAGGGAGCUAGAACUGGGCUUUCCCUGCAUAAAAACGGAAACCAGGAAAAUGCAAAUGUCAAAUUGUCCAAUAAGGAGAACACCACAGAACUCCCACAAAAGAUGCACUCAGAGAAAAACUAUUUAGCCCCAAACAUAGUUCAACCUGAGGAAAGACAAUCCUCAAGAGCCUCAUCUACUCCCCAAAAUAAGGGAGAAUUCCCACACUGGAAACAAAUGAGCUAAAAGAACUGACAGGAACUUUAAAGUAACACCAGUAAAUCGUGAGCAAGCAAGAAUGACAAAGCCACUUAAAAAUCUAAAAUAGAUAAAUAAAGCAAACCAAACUACAACAGGAGGGUUAAAUAAAUAAAAAUUAAGAAACUACAAGACGUUAAGGGAUAACAAGGACAGAAUGAGAAGUUCCAUGUGUUUAAAAGGAGUUUUAGGAGAAGAGGAAAAAUGGAGAUAAAAAUAGUAACUGAGAACUUUCCAGACCUGAAGGGAAAAAAGACACUGGGUCCUCAGAUGAAAGGAGCACACCAAGUCUCCAGCAGAUAACAAUUCAAUACUGCAUCCUAAUUGCAACACACCAAAGAUAAAGAGAAAACAAUAAACCAUACAAAAGAACAGAUUUUUACCCACAAACCAAAAGGAUUCAGAAUAACAGAUUUUAUUACUAACGAGUCCUCCAAAAGACAAUGGAACAGUAUCUUUGAAGGACAAUGGCCACAGUUCUGAACUCAUAAACUGGUCAACUCUAAUGUUUAGGGCAGCAAUAACUGGCACUCAUGAUUUGGAAUCUCAUGAACAUCUCAGCGGGGUGAGGGGGUGAUUAAAAAAACCCUGGUUGCCAACACUUUCUUGUGACUAGUACCAUCUUGAGAGAUUCACAGGGUCUGGUCACAUCAACCCUUCCAGUACCCACUAUAAAAUACCUUUAAAACUGGGCAUUUUAAACAGGCAAAUAUUACCUACACCACAUUUUUCAGUUCAGCCAUAUAAAGUCCAAGCAGAAUGUUCCUCUAUAAAUAGAAACUUCCCAUGAAAGUGUUUAAUAAAGGGGCUAUACUGAAAAUGACAGGAAAUGACAAACAGUACUAUACACAUUUCAUAAAUGGGGCUGUUUAUUCAAAAAUCCUUAGAUACCCAAGUUCCUUGCUGUUCAUAGUCUUUCCUUAACCAACCAUAACUAAAGUUUGAUGAUGCAUAAGCAAAAUACCAUCAAAUCUACAUUGUAUUUACACAUGCUUACGUGUAUUUACAUGCAUUUCGUAUGUAUUUACAGUGAAAUACACAAAGUUUAAAAGACUUUUGUAAAAAGUCCAAAUGCCAAUUAACAUAAAAAUGGAUAAAUAAACUGAUAUAGUAAUAUAGCAGAAUACUUGAGAGCAGGGGUCAGCAAACUAUAGCUGGAGAGCCAAAUCCAGCCCAAAGCCUUGGUUUGCAAAUAAAGCUUUAUUAGAACACAGCUGUGCCCAUUACUUUAUGUCCUGUGUGGCUGCUCUCGUGCUACCAUGGCAGUAGCAACAGACAUCACAUGGCCCACAAAACCUAAAAUAUUUACUAUUUGGUCCUUACAGAAAGAAAUUUGCCAACUUUUGCUAUAGAGAAAUGAAAAUGAAUGAAAUACAGCUAAACAAAUCAACAUGGAUGAAUCUCAAAAAUGAUGCUGAUAGAAUUAUAUAGCAAAAAUUACACACAGCAUGAUUCCUAUUAUAAAAUUCACAAAUAUGCAAAACAAAAAUAUUUUUCAGAAAUGCAAACAAAAUUGUCUUUAAAAAGUAUCAAAGUGAUUAACACAAAAGUAGUAGGUUGUCUCUGGGAUGUAGAAGUGAAACAUGGCUGUGGAGGGCACAAGGAGAGUGUGUGCUGAUGUUGGUUAAAUGGAUGUUCUGUUUGUAAUUACUCUUUAAAUUAUAUAAAUAUUUUAUACAUCAGUAUGUAUGAUGUUUUCAUGACAUUUAGAAGUCCAAAAAAACACCAGAAAAGUAGACAUCAAAAUGUUAACAGUAGGUGACAGAAUUAUUUUUAUUUUCUUGUAUUUGCUCAUUACAUUUUUUUAAAACCUUCUGCAACAAAUGUAAAAUAAAAAACAUUUUUAAUGAGCACAAAUAAAAUAAACAUGAGAAUUUAUUUUAAAAAUUAAAGUGAACUCUUCCAAACUAUCCUAAAAGCUUUAGCCUGAAUAUUAGAUAGUAGCAACAGCACUGACUAAUUCUAAAAACUAGCAUCUUAGAACAAUGCUGAUACAAUUCAAGAAUUUAAAAUUCCACUCUGGCUUGCUCUAAUGAAGCCCCAAACAAAAUACACAGGCUUGUACUAAUAGCCCAUCCUCUAGGGGUAGAAUGUACAGUUUUUGUUUUUGUUUUUUUGCCAGACUUAUAGCAAUUGUAAUAAGGGAAAGUUCAAAACACUUUAUAAUGCCGUCUACCUUUUCAAGUUUGUAGCUUAGAAGGGAAAGGGGAAGAAAAAAAAAAAAAAACCUAAGAAUUCUCUCCACAAUACAAAGAUUCAUGAAGGAGCAAA